AUUUACGUUAUCGUCAUAACAACAGACUCGCUUCAGUGAUUGACGGCUUCAGUGGUCGUUUCGUUCGUUUUCGCCUGGUUUUUGAUAUUUCUGUAAUAAUUCUUGAAAUUUGAACAUGACGGAAGCAGCUGAAACGAAAAAAGAAGAAGCUCAUGACUACAGAAGGCUACAUAGUUACCCUCUAAUUAGGCACACUGAUAUGCCUGAAGAAAUGAGAGUAGAAGCAAUGGAAUUAUGUGUAACAGCAUGUGAAAAAUUUGCCGCCAACAACGAGAAUGCCGCCAAAAUGAUUAAAGAAAGUAUGGACAAGAAGUUUGGAUCAUCAUGGCACGCAAUUGUCGGGGAAGGUUAUGGUUUUGAAAUCACUCAUGAAAUGAAGAACAUUUUAUAUAUGUUUUUUGCUGGUAGUACAGCAAUCACUGUUUGGAAAUGUUCAUGAUUGCUAGCAUAAAAUAAUAAUUUGCUGCAGUCAAGAAUUUUUAUAUAUUGGUUGUCUUGUUCAUUGUAAAUACAUAGAUUUAUAUCUUGUA